GAAUACUCUCACUCAGUGUACAAUCAAUUGGUUGGUGAUAACGCUUCUCUACUACCAAGAAUUAAAACUAUAGACUUGUAUAGAAAAAACGCAAAGAAAUCAAACGACCCUGGUGUUUUAUUCCAAUUUGCUCAAUAUCUUCUACAAACUGCCUUAAUGAUUGAUCCAAAUGAAUCGGCCAUCUCAGCAAACAACUUAUCCCAAAUCCCAAGCACCUCAAACAAUAAUUCCACUUCCAAUAACAAUCAAAGCAAUCAUAAUUUGACUGGAAAUACUGUUCAAAGCACUAACCAAUCCAGUAACCUAAAUGUUUCAACUAAUAACAAUGGUCUAAGCCUGUCCCCAUCUUUUGUGGAUUUAUCUCGUAUUCCAAGCAACACCAACCUUACAAAUUUAUCUGAAGCUGUACAUUACUUGAAAAAAUUGUCCGACAAAGGUUAUUCAGAAGCACAAUACUUGUUGGGCGAUGCUUAUUCUUCUGGCGCUUUGGGUAAAACCGACAAUAAUAAAGCUUUUGUUUUAUUUUUAGCUGCUGCCAAACAUGGUCAUAUUGAAAGUGCUUAUCGUACUUCCUAUUGUUAUGAAGAAGGUUUGGGUGUCUCUAGAGAUGCUAGAAAAUCCAUCAAAUUUUUAACUGCUGCUGCUGCUAAAAAUCAUCCUUCUGCAAUGCUUAAAUUAGGUAUCUAUUCCUAUUACACAAGAAUGGGCUUAAGUGAUAACAUUAAUACCAAGAAAAUGGGUAUCAAAUGGCUAACAAUCGCUGCCACCAAAGCAACAGAGCUAACUUGUGCAGCUCCAUAUGAAUUGGGUAGGAUCUACGAAACUGGUUUUAAAGAUAUUGUCAUUAGCGACAGAAGAUAUGCCUAUGAACUAUAUACACAAGCUGCUAGUUUAGGUCAUAUUCCAUCAGCAGCUAAAUUAGGAAAGAUUUACGAAUUUGGUACUGAUAUUGGUAUACCUGCAGAUUCUAAUUUGUCUAUUCACUACUACACUCAAGCAGCUCUCGGAGGUGAUUUGGAAUCAAUGCUAAGUAUGUGUGCUUGGUAUCUUAUUGGUGCUGAGCCUUACUUACCAAAAGAUCAAAAUGAAGCGUUUGCUUGGGCUUUAAGAGCUGCUAAUGGAGGUUUACCAAAGGCUCAAUUUGCAAUUGGGCAUUUUUACGAAAAGGGCAUUGGAUGUGAAGUCAAUCUAGCGGAAAGCAAAAAAUGGAUAAACGAGGCUGCCAAAGGGGGUGAUGCAAGAGCGAUUGCAAAGUUGGGUGGUAAAGCUCCAAAACCUGAUAAAGAUGAAAAAUGUAUUAUUAUGUGA